AUGGACAUGGUUCUGACUAGUACAAUUUCACUUUCUCACUUGGCCUCGACUCAUUGGGAUUGCUGCUUGCUGGUGUUAUAUGUGGCCUCUGAUUCACAUGGGUCAGGCGCUUGUGGGCUCAGACAAGUGUCCUGUGUGAAACCGUAUAAUCUGACUGGAAGUGGGCGUGUUCUUGAUGAUCACGUUGACGAAGAUUUUGAUUCGAGUACAAGGAGUGCCAGCAGCAGAUUAACUCAGGAAUGGCUUCAGGAAGCGAAGCGCAUUGUGGCUUCUUCUCCUUCCCGGAUUGAUUCACCCUCUCGACUCGUUGGCUCCCCGAGAUUUGCUACUUCUCGAGCCAGGCUAUCGACUUCAUCUCUCGAGAAAAGAGACCCUUUCGACAGGUCUGCUAGAAGGCAUAGAGCAAGGGAAAAAAGCUUCAGUGGGGAAAUCCUGUCAAAAACUGCAAGACUUUCCAGGAACAAAUCUGAAACAGAUAGAAACCCUUCACAGGGUGAAGAAUCUCCUGCAUCAGAUAUCCAAAAGUCGUUCUCCAACCUUCUCAAAAUCCCCAGUAGUCCUACUCCAGAUCCCUAUCCCACUAUCUCACCAGACCUCACACCCCCAAGUCCAAGUAGUCUCGUGGGCCCACCUCUACCACCGCGCCAAUCAGUGCACCGAAGGUCGCGGUUCCAAAAUGACCCCAAUGCACCACUGUCACAGCCUAUCCCAACCCCAACUAACCCUCUCUCCGUUUCCAAACGAACUUUUAAAGAUACUGCAAGUACUACAAAUAAUGCACCAACAACAAUCUUGGAUAGUCCAUUGCUCUCCCCACCAAAACAUUUUACUGAGUCGGCCCACCGAAGGUCGAAAUCUUCCACCACUUGUUCCAGACCGGAGGACGAGGUCUUGUCCCCACCCCGGAACUUGGUGGAGUCAGCUCACCGGAGAUCCAUAUCUUCUUCAACUUGUAGCACUAACAGGAUCUUGAAGAAGAGCAAUGUGGAUGAUGGACAGUUGAAAGAAGGAGAUUUGAAGGGUCAGGAACUGAACAAGUUCUUGAAAGAGCAGANGAAGAAGAGCAAUGUGGAUGAUGGACAGUUGAAAGAAGGAGAUUUGAAGGGUCAGGAACUGAACAAGUUCUUGAAAGAGCAGACGAUCAAAAUUGCAGAAAUCAUGAGUGGGGAGAUAAAUGGAAAGGCAAAGAUUGUGCUUUCUGGACCUUCAAACAGCACAAGCUCAAUGGUAGCAGCCAUAUGUUAUGCGUGGUUGUUAGAGAACAGAAAGAGGACUAAUAAAAAGGGAGGAGAGGGAGAUAAGAAUAAUUUGGAGUUUGUGGUUCCUGUGAUGAAUAUGAGGAGACGAAAAAUGUGGAAGCAGCAACAAGCGGCUUGGCUAUUUCACCAUGUUGGACUUGAUGCCACUGCUUUGCUCUUUGCUAAUGAGGUUGACAUGGAAACAAUGAUCAUGGAAAAGCAGUUGAGCAUGCUUGUUGUUGGAGAGGAUAUCCUCCGAACCAAUGGCGAGGUUGGAUCGGGAUGCACUAUUGUGACGGACAACUAUUGUGAGGACGCAUAUGACCUACUUCAAACCCCUAUCGUGAAAAAACUUCUGCUUGCAGGUAUUCUAUUAGACACACAAAAUUUAAAUAUUUCUACCAAGUUAUCUAUGAAUAGGGAUGCAGAGGCAGUUCAGCUUCUCUCAGUUGGCGCAGCUCCUAAUUAUAGGAAUGCUCUUUAUGAUCAAUUGAUGCAAGAUCGAAAAGAUAACGCUUUCUUUGAAGUUCUGCGCCACAGUUAUGGGAAGCCUUCUGGUGAAAGUAAUCGGGAUAGUGGAGCAAUAGAGCAGAGGAUUUCUGAGAAAUACCCUUUCAGUGCAGGAAUUGCACCAAAUGAAGGAAAAAAUCGAAAUAACACGAAAGAUGAAACAAAUCAGAAGGUGUCACCAGUUAUAGUGUCUCCCAUGAAGAUGCCCGUGCAGGCUCCUGCAAAGACACCAGCAAAAGCAGCCAAUGCCUCUCAGGGGAAGAAUAAGUCUUUUUUCGCAAAAUUGUUUGGAUUUGGAUCAAAACAGUGACAAAAGUAUGGAUAUGUGCUGCGAGUUAAAGAUUUUGAUGCGGUAUGUAAAACUGGUAAGAAAUGUUACUGGAACUUCAUAGAGGCUCCAAGGCACAAGAUGUUUAGAAAUCAACCCAUGUUUUUAGGGGAGUUAUUUAUGCUUUAUAUAUUUAUUAUUUUGUACGAAACAAUUAUUUUGAGACGAAUUGUCUGCUUGUAAUAAA